AUGGAAGGUAACAAUCAAACUUCUGUGACAGAAUUCAUCUUACUGGGCUUCUCUGGCUUCUCUCAAGCACAAUUUCCCCUCUUUGUGGCCUUUGUAUCUGCCUAUGCAGGAGCUCUGGUGGGCAACUUUUGUAUCAUCACAUUGAUCAGGGUCUGUCACACACUUCACACUCCUAUGUACUUUUUCCUGGUCAACCUCUCCAUCCUGGACAUUUGCACCAUCACUGCAAUCAUUCCCCAGAUGCUGUUGAAUUUAAUGGAUGAGAAAAAGACCAUCUCCUUCCAAUGCUGCUUAACACAGGCUUAUUUCUUUGUCAUCUUCCUGGCCACUGAACUACUGUUGUUGGCUGUGAUGGCUUUUGACCGCUAUGUAGCCAUCUGCCAACCUUUGCGCUACACCAUCAUCAUGAGCCAGAAAGUCUGCAGUUACUUAGUGAUUGGGACAUGGGUGCUUGGUAUCCUACUUGCCAAUGUUCAUGUUCUCUCUGUCCUCCGCUUGUCCUUCUGUGGACCCAGUACUAUCAACCACUUCUUUUGCGAGCUACCACCACUGCUUCAGCUCUCCUGCACAGACACAACCUUCAACCAGUAUCUAAUGUUGGUGACAGACCUCUUUUUGGGCUUUGGUUGCUUUCUGAUGACUCUAGUCUCUUACAUCUACAUUGUUUCCUCUAUCCUGAAGAUCCAAUCAGUGCAAGGGAAGAAAAAGGCUUUCUCCACAUGUUCCUCUCAUUUGAUGGUGGUGACACUUUUCUACAGUUCAGUCAUUUACACUUAUGUUAGACCUCCAUCCAUGUACCUUGACACGGACAAAAUUGUAGCAGUAUUGUACACAGUGAUCACCCCUAUUCUCAACCCCCUUAUCUAUAGUCUAAGGAACAAGGAGGUCAAAGAGGCAUUCAAGAAGUUUGUGAGGCUAGACAGAAACUAA